ACAACGAUAAGGAUGCCCGACGAAAAGCACUGGGCCGUGGGGCUGGACACGUCCUGCGGGCCACUAGCCCUGUGACCUUGAGCAAGUGGCCGGCCCGGCGGGAGCCGACCCCGUCGGAGCCCCGCCUCCCAGGGUCGCGAGCGCCCAGCCGCCGCGGGCUCGGGUCUCCAAGCGCCGCCGCGCGGGGUGCAGCGGAGGAAGAGGAGUUCGAAGCGGGCGCCCGCCUCGGCGCAGACCCUGGAGCUACGGUGUCCCGGCAGGGUCGUUUCGCCCCCCGCGAAGGCGACCCCCUCCAGCCGGCAACGCCUGAGCCCCGCCGGCCCCGCCGCGGCGCCGGAAGGAGCCGUUGUCCGAGCAACGGGCACUUCCGGCCCUCAGUUUAGCGGCGGGAAAGACCAUGAGUAAAGGCCGGGCGGAAGCUGCGGCAGGAGCCCCGCGGAUCCUCCUGAGGUACCUGCAGGAGCAGAACCGUCCCUACAGCGCCCAGGACGUGUUCGGGAACCUCCAGCGGGAACACGGGCUGGGCAAGGCGGCGGUGGUGAAGGCGCUGGAGCAACUGGCCCAACAGGGCAAGAUCAAAGAGAAGAUGUACGGCAAGCAGAAGAUCUAUUUUGCCGACCAGGACCAGUUUGACACAGUGAGUGAUGCUGACCUCCAGAGUCUGGACGCCAAGAUCGUGGCCCUCACGGCGAAGGUGCAGAGCCUGCAGCAGAGCUGCCGCCACAUGGAGGCUGAGCUGAAGGAGCUAACUAACACCCUGACCACGCCGGAGAUGCAGAAAGAGAUCCAGGAGUUGAAGAAGGAGUGUGCCAGCUACACAGAGAGACUGAAGAACAUCAAAGCAGCCACCAACCAUGUGACUCCAGAAGAGAAAGAACAAGUAUACAGAGAGAGGCAGAAGUACUGCAAGGAGUGGAGAAAGCGGAAGAGAAUGGUAGGCAACAGACUUGUAUGAUGCAAUCCUUGAAGGCUACCCCAAGAGCAAGAAGCAAUUCUUUGAAGAAGUUGGGAUAGAAACAGAUGAAGAUUACAAUGUCAAGCUUCCAGACCCCUGAGGAGUUGGACCUCUGGAAGGAGCAGGGAUGGGAAC